GUGGUUGGAAUUAUUUGCCUCAUUAUCAUUUCGGUGUUAGGAAUGUAUCUUGACAACGCGGAGAUCUCACGAACUAACUUGAUCACGUUCUCUAAACAUGAGAGACCACGUCGUAGCAUAGCUACAAUGCACCUGGUAUCAAGCAGUGGACCAACGCAUCCAAAUCAUACAACCGUUUCUCUUUUAUCAAUUGUUCGUGGAUUCGAGGUAAUUCCAUUGCCACCUAAGACUGAAGAUGCAACGGGACUUACAGUGAUGGUAGGGGACAAACUGAAGUUUAGUUUAGAGGCUCGAGAUUCCAUGGGACGGCUAAAGAUACUCGGUGGAGACUACUGGUUUGCCAUCAUGGAGGAUCCAAAUAAAAACGCAUCUACUGUUGGGCGAAUAGUUGACCAUGAGAAUGGUCUAUACACCUUACUUUUUGUUGCUGGGUGGAGUGGGAUGAUUAGACUUCGUAUCACACUUGUACAUCCCGCUGAAUUAGCCAAGUGGAUCAGAACUGAAUACCUCCAUAGCAUGAGAGCUCCUAGCUGGUCAGGACUUUUCAAAUUUGGAGAGCACGAAGAACGAUCACCGUGUUCCCUCAGCCUCGACGCCAUUUGGAGUGAGAAGUGUGUAGCCAACCCUAAAGCUCUACAGUACGCCAUCAUAGUAUGCAAUCCACCGAAGACCCUUCCAUGCGAUUCACUAGUGGGCCUUUAUGCGCACACAUCUCUCUACACACAGGACUUCAAGAAACGUUUACCAUCAGACCGCAAGAAAUAUCUUAAGAGGUUUGAGAGGAGGCUGAUGGGUCUGUAG